GAAAGACAAUGAGUGCGUGGGCACUGCAAGUCGAUGAGCGGGCGACCGAGUGGGCGACUGCGCGUGGCGAGCUCGAGUCUGCAGGGCCGGCCGUGUUUGAGGCGGCGGUGCGGGCGGCGGCGGCGGCGGGCUUCACCACCCAUGUGGUGGACGUGACAAAGCAGAAGCUGGUGACCAUCAAAGCAGCCGGAGAGGACGAAGACUACACCAUGCCCGAUCCGCGCUUCGAUGGCGUCUCGCAUCUCUCGCUGGCGGCAAACUUUAUCUCGUCCAUCGAUAGCAACGCUUUGGCUGUCUUUGGCUCGCUCACCACGCUGGAUCUAGCGGCAAACUCGCUGGAGGAGAUCCCGAUGCUGAGCGGACUCUCGCUGCUCACGACACUUAAUCUCUCGUGCAAUCGUCUUGGUCCGUGGCUGGCGGCAGAGGCCGAGAUGGCCGCAGAGCGGCUGCGGGCGCUACCGGCGCUGGCCACGCUCUCGUUCCGCCAGUGCUCGCUGACCGAGCUGCCGACGCCCGUGCUGAGCGGAUGCGGCAGCCUCACCUCGCUCUCGCUGGUGUGCAACAACAUUGCGGCAGUGCCUGUGCUUCCAGACUCGGUUGCUGCCACGCUUCUCACGUUUCUUGCUGCGUACAACCCGUUUGCCAGCGAGCCGGGCGCGGCGGACGCGCUCACCGCCGCACUGCCGCGCUGUACACAGCUCCGCAUCGCGUAGGGGACAGAGCAUGUUAACCCUUAACAGUACGGUCGUUCGGAUGCGUUGUCGCGCGUCUCAAAGUGAACAACUCGAUGAUGC